AUGAUUUCCCCCAUCUCAGUCCUCGCCAACGGGUUCAUUCAAGCCAAGGUCAAAAACGGCUCCCAACCCUUCGCAGUAGCCUGGUACAGGUCCGACACAACCGAGUCCAUCAACUACUUCAAAGAAGGGACCGUCAUUAUCGGAAUCACUUACACACCUUCCGCCGAGAAGGUUGCCAUCGAAAAAGACAUCGCCAAGUCCCCGGCCUGGUACGCCUGGCGAGACCAUUUCCUCCUGGUCGAACCGCCGUCCAACCCAGCGAACCUCUCAAAGGCUUCGGACAUUGAGAUUCAAUUCUCCAAUCUGUACACUGCGGCGGAAAAAGGUGACACGGAGCCGCCUGUGCGCUUCUUGACGCGAUAUGACAAGUCGGCGACCAAUAUCAAGGAUUCCCAGCUGUGGAUCUCAAUCGGUCAGUACUUUAUCACCGACCGGGGCACGUUCCUGUCAAUCUCUCGGGAGUUGCAGAACUAUACAACCAUCUACACGGCUGCAACUGACGACCCGUCCGACCCUCUCUUGAACUCGGCUCAUAUCCGGAUUGGCAAGGGUGCCAAGAAUGAGAAGAUGGCUGACAUGUUCACUCAGUGGGCUAUCGGCGCUGAUGGUCAGAAGCUCAUUACUUCCUUCAAGAAGAACGGCCAGCAACUGUACACAGGUGCUCCCGCCAACAAAACAGCACAGUUCUGA